AAUCAAUUUCUUCUUCAUCCUCCUUCUGUCUGCUGUCAGAUUUUCUUAUUAUUUUAGGGCGUUUGGCGAUGAAUUUCCUUGUCUAAAUUGGACCGGUUCCAAUUUUGGGAUAUAAACUGUUUAUCCUUUGAUCGUAUACUACGCUUAGUCAGCGUUUUAUCGAUAUGAAUUCGGACUCCUUUGUGGUGGUACUAUUUUCGUACUGAGUGAAAAAAAAUAACAUUUGUUUGUACCUAAAAGUGGUGUAUUUUUCGCUAUAAAAUGUGUGAUACGGACAAUAUCGGUGUGCAGAAAAAGGAGAUGGACGACAGCGGCUUUGUCUUCGACUUGAGUGCGCAAGACGUAUCCAUGUCGGCACGUGUGAACCUGAUGGACCUGUCGGAUGAUGUGCUACUGUACAUCAUGAGAUUCUGCGCACCCAGAGAUCUGAAGGCAUUGGGAUUCUCGUGCCCACGUCUUGGAAGCUUGGUGCGUGAGCGGUCGCUAUGGCGUUACGUGGACGCCCGCUCCGAGUCCUGCAGCCGCGCGAGGCUCAAGUGGUUCCUGGACAACGCCCUGCACGCGGACACCCAUGUCCUCUUGCUGACUGGGUACGCCAAGGAGGCUGAGGGAUGCAUGGGCCUCAUCAACGUGUCACGCAAGGAGGCGGAACAUGAGAUAUCCGCGUACAGCAAGAAAGCCGCCGCCGCGGCCAGUGCGCGCACUAAUAUCUGUGAUGCGAUACACGAAAUACCUAUCCCCCUAAAUAUGGAUAGAAUGGAACGACACCCGGCGAGAUUUUUCAUCAGCGCCCAGCGUACACCGUUAUCGAGACACCGUAGCUUCCCGUCAUGGCCUCUAGAAGGGGAGGACGGGCGGGCGGGGCCCCAGCGCUGCCGCGGUCCCCAGUUCACCCUCUCCCUUGGGCUGUUGCAGCAAUUGGCAAUCAAGUGCCCCCAACUCCACACUCUGGGGCUAGAUUAUUGCAACAUUGACUGCGGUCGUACCUGUCUCGGCAGUUUCCCGAGGACUCUAAAGAAGCUCUCGCUGCAGGGAACAAAAUGCUACAAUAUGACUUUCAACAAGUCAUUCCUCUUCAAGAUUCAAGACUACUUGCCCGUUCUAGAGAGUCUGAACGUCUCCGAAUGCGAUUGGAUGGACCCGGCGACGCUGCUUCCGCUCAGCAAAAUGGCGGCGCUUGAGGAACUGAUUAUGCAAGAUUGCUACAAGCUGGCCGAGUUCGUAGCCUACGCGUCCCUGACAGCUCGCUAUGGUUUCAGAGUUUUGAAGAGUCUAGACCUCCGCGGUUCACCGGUGGGCGACUCGGAAGUGUCAGCGUUGGGCUGGCUGCCACAGCUGGAGAAAUUGUGGUUGAGCGCGCGUCGUCCCAAACGCACAACACCGCACGCACACUACGCCGACGACGAACGCUCGCAGCACGAGCCACUCCACGACUGGGAGAUCACUGAUUCGGAUGACAACAAGUCGACAUAUAGCCCAGAUACGAGCUUCGGAGAUAUCGGCCUUGGCAUGGGAAAUGUCAUGCCACCACUGGCUCCCAUCGGCCAAGCUCCAGGAUCCACGGAUGCAAGAUCUCAACCGAAAGAUACAAUGGGAUUCAAAGACAAUAUAGAUUAUAAAGAUGACAAAGAUAAAAAAGAUGCAAAGAGAAAACCCGAUGACGAUGCGGGAGACGACUCGGAUGACAACAGCGAGCCGUCCUCCAAGCGACAGCGUACGGGCGUAAAGAUAUCUUUCGAAAAUAACACCGUUACAAAAAAGAUAUUGCCCGUGGUGCGUAACGAAAACGGGUUUUUCGUAUUCGACGAAACCGCACAACCUAAUAACGGAAAUAAUAACGGUGAUAAUAACGGAAAUAAUAACGGGAAUAAUAACGGAAAUAAUAACGGGAAUAAUAACGGAGAUAAUAACGCAAAUGUUAACGAGAAUCGGGGUAAAAAUAACGAAAACAACGCACAGAACCCUGAUGGAAAUAACAGAGCUCCACCGAAUUUCGAAUUCAAUUUGAUUAACCCAAUGGGCAGUAUCGACGUGGGAAACGUUGAAAUUGAUUUUAGCGUUAUCAACGUUGGUAACAUGGGUCAGAGGAGUGCUAACGCUGACAACGGCAAUCGUGAUAACGAUCGGGAGAGUGCUAAUCACGAAUACCGUUAUCAAUACAAAAGCAACGAUAACAGAGAAAAUAACGCGAACGUUAACAACGGAGGAAAUGAUUCAGAAUGCAUGGUUGAUUGCAUUAAAAUCGAUCAGCUAAUCGACGUAAGCGACACAUCAGGUGGCAGGCAGAAUGAACUCAUAGUGAUUGCCAGCUCUUCGCGACCGAAGUCCGAGCCAUCGACUUCCAAACCUGGUGGCACUGACGAUUUGAAACAAAACCAAAAUCCUGCACGCACGAACACAAACGUGGAGGGCAAUGUAAGCGGAGAGGGUUUUGACGGCAAAGGAGAUGUAAACAGAGAAGAUGUCAACGGCGAAGAAAAUUUAAACGGAGAAGAUGGUGAAGGCGCUGCAGUUAACGACGUGAAUAUGAACGACGAUCCACAAGGAAGCGUCAACAACGACAAUGAAGAACUCUGCGAUGAUAAAAUCCACGACGCUGAGAUGUAUGAUGAUAAAGUCGACGACGCUAAAAUGGAUGAUGCUAAAAUCGACGACGCGAAGCCCGGACCGAGCAACGGACAAGUCAACGAAGGGGCAUCUACAUCCAAAGAUGGACAGAACGAGGACAAAGACAAAUACGUGCUGUUUAGGAAGAACCAAGAUCCAGUGUACGUGAACUGCGCACCAGAGAACGUACAGAGGCGAGAGCCUUUACCGCCAGUACAGUACCAAAUUGAGCCGAGACAUCACGUACUGUACGUGGGCGUCGGGCCGCAAUUAAACACAUACAGAUUCCCGAGGGAUUCAGCGGAACUUCUGCGGCAGUUGAACUUCCGACCGACCCAUACCGAUUCGAGUGGUUUGGUGACCGAUUUCGCCAUACGCCGAUUCGGCAGGGCCGAUGGCGAAGAUAUCAACAUCAUACAUAUAGGGCCGGACGGGCCCAUGUUGGUUGGUCAGGCGCCCGGGUCGCGAGCCGACCGGUCCAGCCUCCGGUUUCUAUCCGUGACCGGUUACAGGCACAUCACUGAUCGCAGCUUGCUGCACCUAGCCACAGCAGCCCCGAACUUGGAGUUCGUGGAUUUCUCUGGAACGUUCGUAACGCAGAAUGGCGCCGACCAAUUCAAAAGUCUCCGCCCGGAUUGCGACGUCGUAUUCAGCCAGUAUUACUGCAAGGAGGAGGAUGAGUAAAUUAAAAAAAAAAAAAUUAUAAAAAAAAAAAAUUUAACACAAAUCGCAGAACAGCGCCUCCGUGUCACGAAUGACGAAUGUCUUGGGUUGUAGAGCAGUAAACGAAAGGUAUAUUUUUGUGCGUACCGGAACGCAAAGUCGCUUCGCGGCACGUGCUAGUGUAGGGCAGUUUAAGCCAAACUGUCUCCAAUCAAUCAAUCUUUGUUUUUCAAACAUUAUGCAACCAUUAAUAUAUAACAUUAUUAUAUAUUAAUGGUUUUGAUGCAUCCUGUUUAUUUUCCUUUAUUUUUUUUUUUGUUAAUAUUGGCGAACACUCCCUACCGAUAAAGCCGUGCCGCCAAGCAAUUUAGCGUUCCGAAAAUUUUUAACAGGUUAGUCUGCUAUCUUAAACUGUAUCAACAAAGUCAGAGUUUUAACUUGUAGUAAAAUUAUAAUACAACCUACGUAUCAGUCAAGAUUUCCAAAUUCCAUUUACACCGUUGCUCUAUAAAAAAGACACAAACCGUCUUCGUGUGAUGGAAGUAAUGUCACAUGAAAUUAUAAUAUUAAAUUGCUAUUUAUUCGGCACUUAAUUUUUAAUAUCUAUUAAUAUUAAUAAAUACGACAAAUUUUCAAAUCAUUACUACAAACUACCAGAUAGGGUUGCCAACGUAAAAAAAAUAAAACAUUAAAAUUGAGUGGGUUUGAAUCAAGUGGUAUUUAUAUAGGUAAAGUGGCAAUAACUGACACUUAUAUAUUUUUAAGAGAAGAAAGCUCACUUUGUUAAAUGUAAUAUGCAAAUUUUAAACUUAUUUGAACUUUAUUGCACACCAAAAACAAAAUGUUUUACUAAAGGCAAAUUUAAUGCUAAAGCCUUUUCUACCAGCCGACCUUGAGAUGUGCGUUGAAAUUGAACGACUUCCAAUGUUGCCGCUAACCUAUGCCGCCAUUAAUAUAUAUUUUUUUUUAAUGUCUGUACGAUUAUUUAUUAAAAUAACCGAUUUCCAGAUUUCCAGGGUUAUAUACUAUACUACGAUAAUACACACAUCGCCAUCUAGCCCCAA